AACAGGAGCAGCAGGAGAGGUGAGAAGUGGAGAUAUAUCCAUAGCACCAUGGCAAGUGACCCUCCCCCUCCCUACCCCGGGGGUCCCACAGCCCCACUACUAGAAGACAAGCAUGGCUCCCCCAACAUGGAAGAUAACAGGCAAGCUCCAGGGGCCUAUCCUCCCAGCAUGCCCUUCCCCCUCCCAGAAUGUGGACCUCCUCCCUAUGAGGCCAACCCAGGGUACAUUUCCCCAAACCCAGGGUAUUACCCUCCUCCUGGACCCUACGGACCUAUGGGAUACUACCCUCCUACGGCCAGACAGUAUCCACCCCUGUUCCCGUCCCCCGGGGCACACGCCAACACCACUGUUGUCAUGCCACCCGGAGCCAGCGAUGCCUCAGCCACCACCACAGUGACCGUACUGCAGGGCGAGAUCUUCCAGAGUUCUCCGGUACAGACGGUGUGUCCGCACUGCCAGCAGCCAAUCACCACUAACAUCUCCCACGAGAUCGGGCUCAUGAACCUCCUGCUGUGCUGCUUCUGCUGCUUUGUGGGAUGUGACCUCGGCUGCUGUCUCAUUCCUUGUAUGAUCAACGAUCUGAAAGAUGUGACCCACACCUGCCCCAACUGCAAGGCCUACAUCUACACCUACAGAAGAAUGGGCUAAAGGACAUGUCGCAGGCUCCACUCCGUCCCUACAGCGUCCAUCUCCAAGCUACAGUCUCAUCUCCUCCUCCGCCUGCUCAUCACCACUCAGAAGCUGUGAAUCGAGACUCCUGACAUGGCUAG